AUGGCAGUGCCCAUGGCGACGCCAACCACAACUUUGGGCUACUCAGCUCUCUAUCCUCUGGCGAAGCGCGUCACAUAUUAUCCUCAGUUUGUGCUGGGACUGACGUUCUCAUGGGGCGCUAUCAUGGGCUACCCAGCCCUUGGUAUUGAUUUGCUCUCCAACAUGCCGGCGCUCACCUCGGCAGCAUGUCUGUAUGCCUCUUGCGUGUCAUGGACGGUAUUGUAUGACAUGAUCUAUGCCCAUAUGGACAUCAAGGAUGACGCCAAGGUGGGCAUCAAGAGCAUUGCUCUGAAGCACGACGCGGAUACCAAAAAGGUUCUCACCGGGCUUGCUACCGUACAAGUUGGAUUCCUGGCGGCAGCUGGGUUCGCCUCGGGGGCAGGGCCCCUUUUCUACCUCGGGAGUUGCGGUGGUGCCAUUGCCGCACUCGGCAUCAUGAUCAAAAGGGUCAACUUGAAGAGCGUCAAUAAUUGCUGGUGGUGGUUUGUCAACGGAUGCUGGAUUACUGGUGGCACCAUUGGCCUCGGCAUGGGUGCCGAUUACGUGCAUCGUUAUUCGACCCGGGACCAAGAGAUCGAGGGGACUGAUGCUGCCUAG